ACAGCGGGACUCUCCUCUGCCGUCCUGCGGUAACAUUGUUGUGGAACGACGUCACAGCUCGAAAAUGAAGGCGCAGAGGCAGCCAUUACCGGAGCUUCUCUAAUUAUUUUAUUCCAAAUAAAUACUCGCGGAAAUCUCCCAUGGCAAGAGCUACAAGUCAGCUGUAUGAUGUUGUGCCUAUUCAGCCCAGCGUUGUCAUUUGUUCCCGCUCGCAUCCAUCAAUGGUAAGGAACCACGCUGAAUCCUGCUUGCCACUCGCUAUCCCAGGCGCAAGCAGCAGCAGCAGCCACUGCCCCGCUAUGGAGGGCUCGCCCUCAGAGGCACGUGCUGUAGGAGCGUCUGCCAGCAGCCAGGGCUCAAACCUCCGCGCGCAGAAGGUGGCUCAGGCCCCUCAGCCCCGCAAGAAAAAACCAGAAGAUUUCAAAUUUGGCAAAAUACUGGGAGAGGGCUCCUUCUCGACGGUUGUCCUGGCAAAAGAGCAGAUAACUGGCAAAGAAUAUGCAAUUAAGAUACUAGAGAAGCGGCACAUUAUGAAGCAGAACAAAGCCCAGUAUGUGAAAAGAGAAAGAGAUUUGAUGUCGAAUCUCGAGCAUCCAUUCUUCGUCAAACUCUACUUCACAUUUCAAGACGAUGAGAAGUUGUAUUUUGGGCUCAGCUACGCAAAGAAUGGUGAACUUCUCAAAUACAUUCGUAAAAUCGGUUCAUUUGAUGAGACCUGCACUAGAUUCUAUUCAGCAGAAAUCGUUAGUGCUCUAGAAUACUUGCACAAUAAGGGGAUAAUCCAUCGAGAUCUAAAACCAGAGAAUAUUCUUUUGAGUGAAGACAUGCACAUUCAGAUAACAGAUUUUGGGACAGCAAAACAAUUAUCAUCGGACAGUAAGCAAGCAAGAGCCAAUUCUUUUGUUGGAACAGCACAGUAUGUUUCUCCAGAGCUGCUAACGGAGAAAUCUGCCUGCAAAAGCUCUGACCUCUGGGCAUUGGGAUGUAUUAUCUAUCAAUUGGUGGCUGGAUUACCACCAUUCAGAGCUGGAAAUGAGUACUUAAUAUUCCAGAAGAUAAUAAAGCUGGAGUAUGAAUUUCCUGAGAAAUUCUUCCCAAGAGCUAAGGAUCUAGUCAAACAGCUUUUGUCACUGGACCCCUCAAACCGUCUUGGGUGCGAAGAGAUGGGAGGCUACGACCCUUUGAAACAACACCCCUUUUUCGAUAACAUCUCUUGGGGAGAUCUGCACCUGCAGACACCCCCAAAACUCACGCCCUACUUGCCAGCAAUGUCUGAGGAUGAUGAGGACUGCUAUGGAAAUUACGACGACCUCCUGAGCCAGUUCAGCAACAUACAGGUGGCCCAGUCAAGCUCAUCACACUCCCUGUCGCCCCACGAAUCGACACCUCCGCAAAGGUCCAGCAGCAACAUUGAGCAGUACAUCCACGACCUGGACAACAACUCCUUUGAGCUGGACUUGCAGUUCACGGAUGAGGAGAAGCAGUUGUUGCUGGACAAACAAACCUCUGGAAACCCCUGGCACCAGUUUGUUGAAAAUAACCUGAUUUUAAAAAUGGGUCCAGUGGACAAACGAAAGGGUCUGUUUGCCCGACGGAGACAGCUGCUUCUCACUGAAGGACCACACCUGUACUAUGUAGAUCCUGUCAACAAGGUCCUGAAAGGAGAAAUCCCUUGGUCACUAGAACUACGCCCUGAGGCCAAGAAUUUCAAAACCUUCUUUGUUCACACGCCUAACCGAACAUACUAUUUGAUGGACCCUAGCGGAAAUGCUGACAGAUGGUGCAAGAAGAUCCAGGAAGUGUGGCGAAAGAUCUAUCAAAGACACCAAAAUCCUGGACUAUAGGAGCACACUUCCUCCUGUGGCCAAUCCUCUUUAGCUCUGAGGCCAAUCACUGAGCAGAGUAACACCCUCUUUAGUGCCCUUCAUCACCACAGUGUAAACAAACUGUUCUCUACAGACGCUGGCAUCUAGACCUUGUUUGUUUUACCGAGUAGAACCAUGGGGAAAAUACAACUUUGGAUUCAGGGUUGCUUUGCUCGUUCGUUGUGCUCUGUGUGAGGCUUCUGUUGCAGUUCUCCAUCUGUGGAUGUUAGGAGUACCACCAAGCACAUCUGCUUUUAUUUGUACAUUCUAUGUGGAAGGUGAAAUGCCAGGGCUCGUUCAAACAAAUCCAAGGACUGGUUUCCUUUGUUAUAGCAUUACGCAAAAUAUUGCUUCUGUGAAUCCCAGAGUCUAUGCUUACCUCUAAUUAAACCAUAUCCCAAACCUGCAUCCUAUGUGCAAGCUGUAGACAGCUCCUUGUCUAGUGCAUAUAGUCCAUAGCUGUACCAGAUACUGUACGCUUGAGUCAGUCUUCAUGCAUUUACCAAACUCAAAUCCUAUGUAUUUUUGUAAGAGCCCAAAUAUUUCCACAGUAUUUGAGUUUUUUUUUUUUUUUCAUAGUCUACGGUAGUGGUACUUACUUAUUGCGGUCCAAUCAGAUUUUUCUCUGUGUGACAAGCCGAGAGCCAGUCUGCAGUGAGACGUGGGUCUAAAGGACUUUUUGGUUAAGUUUGAGCCUUCCAUAGCAGUUAGAGGAGGUUUAGCUAACAGGAGCUGGGUAAACAUACCACUAGCUUGUACUGAUCAUAAACUUGCUUACUUUUCCUGCAUGGCCAGUUGUGUAGCGCAGCCUUGUUCCGCUCUCCUCGGGCACUGGAGAUAUACAAUAGUUUAUUCAACUUUAAAGGUGGGAUUGUGUUGUUGUUUUUUUUUGUCUGCAUUGGCAACCAUAGUUACUGGAUGAUUUGGCUGUUCUGUUCUAUUCACCUGCUAUUUCUUUUGUGAUGUGAAUUUCUUUUCGUGGGAUAGUUUGCUCAUCUUUAGUGCAUCCUGUUUGAGAUACAAAAUCCAAUGUGCUGACCACCCCAUGCUGAACAGAAAAUCCUCACCAACAGAGAUAUACGCAAUCGCAAGUUCUCCCUCUAUUUAGCUCACUUUUCUUUUCACACAUUUGACCGAAUAGAAAUCAAGCCCAUUGAUUUAUCUGAUGCUCCUUUUGUUUUAACAGUUUGCAUUAUAUAAUGCUUUUAAUUUUUGACAGAUUACCUUCAGGUCCUUUGGCUGAGUCUGUGUGUGCAGUGUGUGACUGGAAUAUAUAGGUAAAUAGGACCCUGGAGGCCCAGGGCUCGGCGUGAAAGGAUAUCUAUCUGAUCCAAAUAACCGAUGAAAUUGCUGUACCUGUCUACAAAGUAGGAGGAAACACCUCAAAAAGUGCUUUCUUCCGCAGUGAGAAUAUGUCUGAAUCAUAAAUAGAUGGCAGUCGGUUACCUUGUGUAUGGAACACUCUACCUGGCUUGUAACUGACGAGAACUGUGAUGUACAGAUAAUGUAUUAUUAAAAAUCUGAAGCAAGUAAUGCAAUGAUAUUAGGAUACAGUUUUUGUAUUUUUAUUCUUGUAUAAGGUUAUUAGAUGGCUAUUGUUUAGCCUCUAGUUCAUUCUGUGUUAUUUAAAUUCUAAUAUAUGAAUCUUAUUUGGAUUGAAGUCAUGUUCAGGGGCCAUGUUGUGUAUGUAUUGAGAUGUAAAGCCUUUGAAUGUGAAUAAUUAUUGUAAACUAUAAUAUUUUACCGCUUUUUUCUUACUAUAUCAUACAUUUUCUAUUUGCUCAAUGAUUUAAUCAUAUUCCAAUAAUUUAAUGAACCUGUUCAUUCUCUCUCUGAUUAUUUGUGCGCUAGGUCAGUAGAUGUUGAAUGACACAUUUUCCACUUAAUGCUUGGUAGUCCAGUAAUUAAAGCAUGUAGGGAUCUUAGGCAUACCAAUAAAGCCAUGUGUCCUGUCUUCUGUUUUAAGUCGCAGUCAUGACACAAUGUUCACUGGCAAUGGCUUCUCACAUCCUGCAGCAUGUAAAUAAAGUAUCAGCCCAC